CCGCCGCGUUAUGAUUAUGCUAAGCUUGGGUACUGAGCUGACACUUACCCGGAAGGUGCACUGAUUGAUCCUUGUUUUGUUGUCAAAGUAGUUGCACGGUGCAGAUUUCUCCUCACACUGCGAACUUGAGUCCAGAUGGCUGACAGUGAGGAUGUGUCUGUGAAUGGCUCUGCUGAUAAGCAGGAGGCAGCACUGUCAGGUAAGAAAUCAGGACGGACCUCUCUGCUGGACAGCGGAGAAGACUUUGAAAUGCUGGAAGAUGUGGAUGAUGACCUCCCACCUUUAGAAGAUGCAGGUGGAGGAAAGAAGAAACAUAGUGCUGCUAAAGAUGCUACAAAUGCAAACACUGUUGUGGAUCAAACCCCUCCUGCAGAACAAGAAGAGUGGUUGGAUGUUUUAGGAAAUGGACAACUUAGGAAGAAGGUUCUUAAACCCGGAGCUGGUGCCGACAGCAGACCACAGAGAGGCCAGAAUGUCUCUAUUCAUCUUAAAACCUCUCUCACUGAUGAAAUGGUGGUAGAAGAGCAGCCAGACUUAUCCUUUACUCUUGGUGACGGGGAUGUUAUUCAGGCUCUGGAUCUCACUGUGCAACUGAUGGAAAUCGGUGAAAAGGCCUUGAUUGAAGCUGGUGCUAAAUACGCAUUUGGUGCUCUUGGAAGCUCUACUCCUGCUGUUCCUCCUAAUGCUGAUCUCACCCUGGAGGUGCAGCUGUUGUCGGUAGAUGAUGCCCCUGAGCUGGAGCUUAUGCCCCCUUCUGAGAGAAUCAGUCUGGCCAACAGGAAGAGAGAGCGAGGAAAUGUCCACUAUCAGCGUGGGGACUAUGCCUUUGCUGUCAACUCAUAUGGAAUCGCACUACAGAUAACUGAAGCAAGUUUCAGAGUGGACAUCAGUCAACAAGAAGAGGAAGAACUUUUAGACAUGAAGGUGAAAUGUCUCAACAACAUGGCUGCCGCUCAACUCAAGUUAGACCACUAUGAAGCAGCACUGCGCUCCUGCGUCUCUGUCCUGGUGCACCAGCCGGACAAUGUCAAAGCCCUGUUCCGCAAAGGCAAGGUACUUGCUCUGCAGGGUGAGUGUGCUGAAGCCAUUAGAACUCUGAAAGAGGCCUUAAAGUUGGAGCCAAGCAACAAGACCAUCCACGCUGAACUGUCAAAGCUUGUGAAGAAGCACUCUGAGCAGAAAAGUGCCGAGCAGGCCAUGUAUAAAAAGAUGCUGGGCAACCCAUCAAACACGGGUGUGCAAAAACAUCGUGCCAGAUCCUCAUGGAGUCUCAGCUGGAAGUGGCUAUUUGGGGCUACUGCCGUUGCGAUUGGUGGUGUCGCCUUGUCCGUCGUCAUCGCAGCUAGAAAUUAAGAGAAGCCACUGUGACUGUAUGUUACCAUGUGGGUGUCGAAAGAGAUCUUGAGCACGCCUUGAGACACCUUACAGACCUUUAAAGUUAAAAAUUAAAUGGUUCCAUGUGCUUUUGCCCUCCAUCGCAUACUAAAGGUUUUAAAUGGUGUUUAUCAUCGUCGAUGCAUGAAAGAUCAGCUGGGCAGAGAUAGAUGUGUGAAAUCUUAAAUAAUUCCUAUUUAUGUACAGAGAAAUUCCUAGUAAAUAUUAAGAAAUUAUCCUAUGUACAGUAUAAUGCGGUCGCUGGACAAUUUUGCUGCAAAAUUUCCAGCACAGACCUCGCUAUUUGUCAAGUUCUGUAAUUCUAUUUUGGUAAACUGAAACUUGCUAGUGAACAGUCAAGAAUAUGAUUGUAUGCUUUUUCUUUUGCAAGACAUAUUUAUUUUCUGAUGCUAAAGAAACUGAACACUAUAUCAAACUUCCAUACACUGAUUUGGUACGUUGCUGUUUUUUUUUUUUUUAUUAUUAUUAUUAUUGCCUGGAUUGCCACAAAUGCUUUUAAAAUGUGAAAUCUGCUGCUUUGCUUCUUUAACAUUUUGGAUAACUUUCCCUUUUCAUGAUAUAUUCCAAAAUGGCCAUGUUGACUUUUACACUAUAUUUCACUGCUACUACAAAAACAGUGUGCAUUUAUUUGAUUUAUAUUUGUUUAGAAUGAAUAAAUGUCUAAAUGAUUCUUUCUGUUGAUCCUUAUGUUGAUUGUUGAAGUUCCCCAUUCCUAUUUUUGGUAGUCUUGAAAACAAUCCCUUUAAAGUUGUUUUUUAUGUCAUAAAAUAAACUUUUGCA